UAAAUAAUUUUGGGAUUCCCGUUACAUUACUUAAGCAGGACGACGUGCGUCUGCUUCGUCUCAUUACAAGCAGAAGAAACUCACAGAGAGAUCUUAAAGAGUUAAAGACUGAUCCCAACAAACAAUGGCGUCUCUCAAAGUCCCAACCAAUGUUCCUCGUCCCGAAGAUGACGCCGAGCAACUCCACAAGGCAUUUUCAGGAUGGGGUACCAACGAGAAGCUGAUCAUAUCAAUUCUAGCUCACAGGAACGCAGCACAACGCAGCUUAAUCCGCAGCGUUUAUGCCGCUACCUACAAUGAGGAUCUUCUCAAGGCAUUAGACAAAGAGCUUUCUAGUGACUUUGAGAGAGCUGUGAUGUUGUGGACUCUUGAUCCACCGGAGAGAGAUGCUUAUCUAGCUAAAGAAUCCACCAAAAUGUUCACCAAGAACAAUUGGGUUCUUGUUGAAAUCGCUUGCACUAGGCCUGCUCUUGAGCUUAUCAAGGUCAAGCAAGCUUACCAAGCUCGAUACAAGAAAUCACUCGAGGAAGAUGUCGCGCAACACACAUCUGGUGACCUUCGUAAGCUCUUGCUUCCUCUUGUGAGCACUUUCAGGUAUGAAGGAGAUGAUGUGAACACGAUGCUUGCAAGAUCUGAGGCUAAGAUACUUCACGAGAAGGUCUCAGAGAAAGCUUACAGCGACGAUGACUUCAUCAGAAUCUUGACAACAAGAAGCAAAGCACAGCUGGGCGCAACACUAAACCGCUACAACAACGAGUAUGGAAACGCCAUUAACAAGAACUUGAAGGAAGAGUCGGACGACAAUGAUUACCUGAAACUACUAAGAGCUGUAAUCACAUGUUUGACAUACCCUGAGAAGCAUUUUGAGAAGGUUCUUCGUCUUUCAAUCAACAAAAUGGGAACAGACGAAUGGGGACUAACCCGAGUCGUGACUACAAGAACUGAAGUUGACAUGGAACGCAUCAAAGAGGAAUAUCAGCGAAGGAACAGUAUUCCUUUGGACCGUGCUAUCGCCAAAGACACUUCUGGUGAUUAUGAGGACAUGCUUGUUGCUCUUCUCGGACAUGGUGAUGCUUGAAACUGGUUCAUUAUCUUGAUUUCCUCCUUUUUCUUACUGCCUGGUUUGUUUUUAAUAAGAGAGUUGUGAAACU